AUGAGUGCUACGUUAAUUAUUACACUAUUUAACAAGUAUGUAAUACUUGCUUCAUUACAGGUCUUGGAUACAAAAGACGUACAGGUAUUUAAAGUGACCGUAAAUGGACAGGAUGCAAAAUAUGUUUUUGGAGAAAAGCACAGUUUCAAGGGGACCCCCCUGGAAAUCACGCUUCCUUUUGAACUAAGAAGGGGACAAGAAGCAAUUGUCGAAAUCUCUUUUGAAAGCUCUCCAAAGUCUUCAGCUCUCCAAUGGUUUACUCCAGAGCAAACAUCUGGAAAGAAACACCCAUUUCUCUUCAGCCAGUGUCAGGCUACCCACUGCAGAGCCAUCUUUCCAUGCCAAGACACACCUGCUGUGAAACUAACCUACUAUGCAGAGAUAUCCGUUCCUAAAGAGUUGGUGGCUCUUAUGAGUGCUAAUCGCGAUGGAGAGAUGCCUGACCCAGAGGACAGCAGUCGGAAGAUAUACCAGUUCAGUCAGAACGUUCCCAUACCUUUCUACUUGAUUGCAAUAGUGGUUGGAGCUUUAGAAAGCAGAAAGAUUGGCCCAAGGACACUGGUGUGGGCUGAAAAGGAGCUAGUGGAUAAAUCAGCCUAUGAAUUUGCUGAGGCUGAAGCUAUGCUGAAAACAGCAGAAGACUUAGCAGGACCCUAUGUAUGGGGACAGUAUGAUCUGUUAGUCUUACCACCUUCUUUUCCUUACGGUGGUAUGGAGAAUCCUUGUCUUACUUUUGUAACUCCAACACUGUUGGCAGGUGAUCGAUCUCUAUCAAAUGUUAUUGCUCAUGAAAUCUCUCACAGCUGGACAGGAAACUUGGUAACAAACAAAACAUGGGAGCAUUUUUGGCUGAAUGAGGGACAUACUGUAUACCUGGAACGCAGGAUUGGUGGUCAGCUGUUCGGUGAGCAGUUCAGGCACUUUAAAGCCCUAGGAGGUUGGCGGGAACUGCAGAAUACGAUAAAUACCCUUGGAGAAAACAAUCCUGCAACUAACCUCGUCCCUAAUCUGAGUGAAGUAGAUCCUGAUGUUGCCUAUUCAUCUGUUCCGUAUGAGAAGGGCUUUGCUUUGCUUUUUCACCUUGAACAACUUCUUGGAGGACCAGAUGUCUUCAUGGGCUUCUUGAAGGCUUACAUUCAGCAGUUUGCUUAUAAGAGCAUAGUAACGGAGGACUGGAAGAAGUUCUUGUACUCCUACUUCAAGGAUAAGGUAGAUGUUCUUGAUAAAGUUGAUUGGAACUCGUGGUUUCAUGCUCCAGGAAGGCCACCAGUGAAGCCUACGUAUGAUAUGACACUAUCAAAUGCUUGUGUUGCAUUGAGCCAAAGAUGGAUCAAAGCAAAAGAGAGUGAUUUGGGUUCAUUCAGCUCAGCAGACCUGAAGGAAAUGUCAUCUCAUCAGUUGAUUGAGUUUUUGGCACUGUUGCUUCUGGAGCCUCCUCUUCCAGUGUCACAUGUCAAACGAAUGCAGCAAGUAUAUGACUUCAAUGCUAUAAACAAUUCUGAAAUAAGAUUCAGAUGGCUGCGCCUCUGCCUCAAGUCCAAGUGGGAAGAAGCUAUUCCUCUGGCUCUAAAAAUGGCAACAGAGCAGGGAAGACUGAAGUUUACUCGACCCUUGUUCAGGGACCUUUACAGUUUUGACAAGAGUCGAGACCUGACUGUCAAGGCAUUUCUGGAGCAUAGAGCCUCUAUGCACCCAGUCACUUCAAUGCUUGUGGGCAAAGACUUGCAACAGGAUCAGUGA